AUGGACGAACUGAGGAGGAAGGGGAAGGAACCAAAGAUGUUUGAAGCAAUGGACGCGAAGGGGCCUAAGUGGCCCGACCAUCCAAUUCAAAACUAUGAGAAAUGGGGAGCAGAUGGUAAAUGGUACUUCUUCACCACAAGAGAUCGCAAGUACCCCAACGGCUCUCGUCCUGCACGCCACACUCAUGAUGGAUCCGGGUACUGGAAAGCUACAGGAUCCGAUAAGCUUAUGCAAUGUCCUGGAAACCAUUUUGCACUGAGUAAAAGUCUGGUGUAUCAUUUAGGAAAUUACCCUAAUGGUACAAGGACCAACUGGGUCAUGACUGAGAUUGUACUCACUGAUGCCGAUAAAAAGCCAGUUUAUGGCUUCUCACUAUGCACCAUCACAAGGAAAAAAGAGGAUGGUAGAAGAAGAAGAAGGAACAAUGAUGAUGAAGCUAGCUCCAGUAAUCAAGUUCCUGAAAACUUGCAGAUAGUCCCUCUAGAAUACAAUCAAGAAGUUAACCAUGUAUGA